AUGUUACAGAAGAGUCUUGGAUUGAAACAUCUGAGUGCCGGUGAUUUGUUACGUGCCGAGAGAAAGCGUCCAGGCUCGGAAUUUGGACAGCUGAUCGAAAAUCACAUUCGCAAUGGUACAAUUGUACCGGCAAUGAACGCAUCUUUGUCAUCAAAAGCAUUCUUGAUCGAUGGUUUCCCGCGUAAUCAGGACAAUUUGGAAGGAUGGGAACGUGAAAUGGCUUCAAAAGCAAAAGUCCUCUUCGUCCUGUAUCUUCAUUGCCCAGAGGAAAUUUGUGUAAGAAGAUGUUUAAAUCGAAAUGAGGGGAGAUCGGACGACAACGAAGAAUCGCUGCGCAAACGGAUUAAAACGUACUGUACACAAACUCUACCAAUAGUUGAGCAUUACAGGACGCAAGAUCUUGUUCGAGAAGUGUCAGCAUGCGGUGCACCGGAAGAAGUAAGUGUUUCAGGAAUUCCGAAAUUUAUCUAA